AUGGAUUUUAUUGACUACUAUAAAAUCUUGCAGUUGACUCCAACAGCAAAUACAGAUGAGAUCAAGACGGCUUAUCGACAACUGGCCAAGACGACACACCCAGAUAAGAAUCGCGAGGAUAAACAAGCCACUUCCAAUUUUCAAAGGCUCAACGACGCAUACUCUACACUAUCAGACACGGAAAAGCGUCGAGUUUACGAUUUGGAGUACGAACGGCAAAGAAGAUUAAAUCAGCCUCGUUUUUAUACUAUAGGGAGAACAAGCGAACCCACGAAUAAGAAUGCUGCACCCUUUCCCUGGUUCAGUGCAACGUUCUACGCGGAACCUCCCCCAUUCAACCCCGAACCAAUGCGAUUAUUCGUUAAAAUACGGGAAUCGGAGGAUUUCAUUCGGCAGUUCAAAUCUUGCGUAUCAAGCACCGGCAAAGAAGUGAGACGCCAAAAGCGAACGAUACAAAAGAAAGAAGAAGCUGUACGAGCUCUCAAAGAAGAUAUCUUGAAACACGAGACCGAAAAGACGAGGAAAUAUGCUCACGGGGGUGGACCGUCAAAUUUAAACCGUAUUAAAGAAAGCUCUCAGAUUCAGGCGAAAACGGGACGUAAGGCUGAAAUGGAAGCUGAGCUAAAGGAGGAAGAAGAAAAGCUGGUAAGCCUCGAAAGGCAGCUUCUGGAUUUUAGCCGUCGACUCUCAUAUUGGGAAAAGGAGAGGGAUGCUUUGGGUCCCAAAUUUGAGAUUGCAUGCGAAUCUGAUCCACUGAGUUCCGAAAGGUGGCCGUUCAAUACCGUGCGGCGUAGAACGAAAAAGAAGAAACAAGCUUCUCCGGAUGUACAGCCUGGUACGAGAGAGGAGUUCGAAGAAGCGGAGAGGCGUCGUCGAGAAAGAAAAGGGGAGAGUAGCCAAGAAGCACAUACAAGCUUCCAGGGAGAGAGUGCAGCACAAAGUAGCAACACGGUGUCGGGAAAGUAG